UGGAAACUGCACUCAGUAAACUCCAGGUACCCAUUAGUUUCAGCUGGAUCCACCUGGGGAAUCACUGCAGGCUGUUUAGACAAAGAGUCCCGGUUUAUCUACUCAAGAAAGAAAAGAUUGGUGGUGGAAACAAGGGCAAGUGACGGCUCAUGCUAAAACCGAGAACAAACAAUCCUUACUGGAAGGCAGCAUGUCCAAUUUUACCUUGAGAAAAACAUCUCCCACAGAAAAUGAUAUGAAGAGUACCACUCAGGGGACUACACUGAAGCAACAGGGUUUUCACGAUGUGAACAAAAGAAGGACUGUCUUACAGGAUAACAGCUGGAUAAAGGAACGUCCUGAAGAAGAAAAAGAUGAAAAUUAUGGUAGGGUGGUAUUCCAUGGACGUAACUCCCAUGAUGCCUCAGACAGGAAAACAAACGAGAGUGAUGAGCCAAAAGCCACAAUCAGUUUGUACAGAUCUGAUGACACUUCGGACAGGAUCUCAGACAGAAAUGAUGCUGCUAAAACAUAUAAGGCCAAUACCCUGGAUAACCGACAAACCAAUAGAAACGUGUCCACGUUUUGGUCACCAGAAGAGACAAAGAUGCAACCUGGAGGUUUGAUCAGUGCAAAUGCCACCAACACCCCAGCUUCCAACUCUGCUACUACUCCUGUAAAGAAAAAGAGACAGUCCUGGUUUCCACCGCCCCCUCCAGGUUAUAAGGCCGCCCCAAGCACAGGAGCGAGCAGAAGGGAACCAACUGUUCACCCUCCAAUACCUCCAAAGCCCAGUUCUCCUGUUUCAUCUCCUAACCAGCUGAGGCGGGAUAACAGGCAGAUAUGUCCACCUAAACCAAGUGCAUAUACAGAAACCAACAGAUCUGCUGAAAGAAAUAUAAGUGAAGAAUUAGAUAAUCUCAUCAAAAUGAACAAAAGCUUGAACAGACCCAAAAGCCCUGAAAAUCUCAUUGUUGUGAAUACACGGACAGACAAAGAUGGCAAAGGAAACCAAGGCCUUGGAAGUCUUAUUAAAGUUAAUGAAAGGACUGACAAAAACGAGAAAGGAGGUGAAGACCUUGAUAAUGUUAUCAAAGUGAAUCCCAAAGAAAGUGAAAACACCACUGGGAAACAAGACCUCAAUGGGCUUAUUAAAGAGAAUCCUGAAACAAAUAAAAAUAUCAAGAGGGGCCAGAGCCUUGACAAUCUCAUCAAAGUGACCCCUGAAGUAAACAGAAGUAACCCAGGAGGCCAAAGUCUUGACAAUCUCAUCAAAGUGUCUCCAGAAACAAACAGAGCUAACCAAGGGAACCAGGAUCUGAACAAUCUUAUCGAAGUGACUCCCUCAGCAAAAAAAAGCAGUGAACAAGAUCUUGAUGAACUUAUUAACAUAAGCCCCAAAGCUGUCAGAAACACAGCCGGAAAUCAAGAUCUUGAUAAGCUCAUCAAAGUGAAUCCUGAAACUGUCUCCAACAACCAAAGAAACCAGGAUCUCAACAACCUCAUCAGAGUGAAUCCUGAAGUAAUCAGAAGCAAUCAAAGAGAACAGGACCUAGAAAAUUUAAUUGAAGUAAAUUCCAAUAUGUCUAAGAGUAAAAAUGAAAGGCAAGAUGGCCAAGUUAGUGGGUCUACUGAGGCUUUAAUCAGCCCAUCUUCUAGACCCACUGCCUACUCUUAUGAAGCACGGAAGACGCUCAGCUCCAAUGCUGAAACCAGGCAUGCAGGACCACAGGAUACUGUUGUGUACACAAGGACGUAUGUGGAGAAUAGUAAAUCACCAAAGGAUAGAUAUCAGGAGAGUAUCUCUGGAAAAUACAUACAAACCGUUUAUUCGACGUCAGAUAGGUCUGUCAUUGAAAUGGAUAUGUGCACUUACUGUCGAAAACCCUUGGGCACAGAAGCUAAGAUGAUUUUAAAUGAAUUACAAAUUUGCUGCCAUUCCACUUGCUUCAAGUGUGAAAUAUGCAAACAACCUUUGGGAAACCUACAAGCUGGUGACAGUGUUUGGAUUUAUAGACAGACAAUACAUUGUGAACCUUGCUACUCUCAAGUUGUAGCUAACUAAUUAUGCUAUGAUUGGCAUACUUUUCCUGGACACAACUGCCUAAAUCUCAGAAUACCAGGCCCUGAAUUCUAUUACAAAUGAAGAGAUGUCUCUAAAAAAUAAUUAAUGGCUCCACUAUGAGAGUAUCCUUCCAAAAAGCAAAACAAAAAUAUAUCUAGUA